AUUACUCAAUUAAUUUAAUAACAAAGAACUGAAAAGAGAGUAUAUCGGUGUUUUUAGUAACAAAAAAGAUAAUAAAUUGAUAAGAAACUGAUAAAUAAGUCUAUCUUUAAACAGUCACACAACGUGAAAGUUUUUCACAUAUUUAAUUGCAAAAUAAUAUUUUAGUUUAAUAAGUCCCAAGGCCAAGUGAGGAGAGAAACAUUUUUUUAUAAACUUGUUAAAACAGAAAAAACAAUCCAAGUGCGUUUGGUUCUAUACAAGAAAUGGAUGUUUUGUCGGCUUUGCUUUUCUUUUUCAUACCAUUCUUCUUGGUUUGUUUGUGUAGCUUCUGUUGCCGAUCGAAACAGAGAGGUGUUAUCUUUUCAACACCCGUGGUCGUGACUUCAGCAACGCACACAGCACCUGGUGGUUAUCCGAACGCUGUUCAAACAACGACGGUCUAUCCGACGUCAAGUUCAGGCUAUCAACAAGCCGCAUAUCCUCAACAAGCCGCAUAUCCUCAACAAGCACCAUAUCCAGUUAUGGGAGUACCAACGGCGAUGCCAAUGCCAAUGCAAAAUGCUCAAAUGCAUCCUCAUCCAAUAGGAGUAAAUCCACAAGUGAUGCCACCCUAUCCUCCAGCGGGAGCUGCUCCUUAUGCAGCACCUUAUCCACCAGCUACUAACUACAGUAUGAAUCCACCAUCAUAUGACAGUGCAGUUGGUCCCAAUCAAAAUUCUUACGAAAAACAAAUGCCAUAUAAUCCAGGCUACACGUCGCAAUAUUAAAUAUUUAUUACGAGUACUUCUACACAAAUCACAUUUUAUUACCAAAUUAUUUCGUAAUUGCAUUCCUUAUUGAUGCAAGAAGUACCAUGAAUGUGGCAUAUUUUUAUUUAUCUAUCGAUUAUUAAGUAUCAUUAGUAUUUUUUCACUAGCUUCACAAACAAAAUGAAAUUUUCUUAA